GUUUUUGACACGAACCAACUUCAGUACAGGCUCCGUUUGUCGAUGUACAUGCUGCGCUAUGAACCGGUAACACGGUCAUGAAAAAGACAAGAGAAAAGCCGAGCGCUCUUUGGUCCGACGGCGCGCGCGGCUUUGUUUCCGGAUGUUAUCUGGGAGGAAGAAUGGCCGCGAUGUUUACGUGCUGUCUCGGCUGCUGCGGAGAUGGCGGAUCGGGGCACAUUCCCCUCAAAGAAAUGCCCAUUGUCCAGUUAGAUACACACCACAUGGGCACAGAUGUUGUCAUAGUGAAGAGCGGCCGGAGGAUAUGUGGCACUGGAGGCUGUCUGGCCAACGCUCCUCUGCACCAGAACAAAAGCUAUUUUGAGUUUAAAAUCCAGUCCACCGGUGUGUGGGGGCUCGGCGUGGCUACACAGAAAGUGAAUCUUAAUCAAGUGCCUAUGGGCAGAGACACAAACAGCCUGGUCCUGAGGCAUGAUGGGUCUGUGUACCACAAUAAUGAAGAGAAGAAUCGCCUCCCCGCCAACAGCCUCCCUCAGGAGGGCGACAUCGUGGGCAUCACAUAUGACCAUGUGGAGCUGAAUUUAUACCUGAAUGGAAAGAACAUGCACUGUCCCGCCUCAGGGAUCCGAGGCACCGUUUACCCCGUUGUUUAUGUGGAUGACAGCGCCAUCUUAGACUGCCAGUUUAGUGACUUCUAUCACACCGCUCCGCACGGAUUUGAGAAGAUCCUCUUUGAGCAACAAAUCUUCUAAAGGAGCACUUCAGCCUCAGCCCCCUCUACGUUGUCUCCCUCCCGACAUCUCAUAGCAACCUCUGUGACACUUCAGUUUGACCUUGUUUGGAUAAUACUAUGUGUGCUUUGUCUCCACCCCCCACCCCCCUGAUUACUCUCGUUCCUGAUUGUCUGGAUCGACGUUGGAGUAUGUUGAAGGCGUGGAUGUCUGAUCAAUGGGUUGACUGUCCCCCUGUAUUAACUGAGACACUUUCAAUUGCUGCUUACAUUCUCAGUCUGUGUGUAGACGUCAGAUAGUGGAUGUAAUGGUAAACGGGCCCCCCCCCCCCCCCCCAUUUCUUUUUUCAGGAUCAGAAGCCAUGUUUCAUUGACAUUGCUAGAUACAUGUGUUUUUGAUUAUUAUCUCCCAAAUGCCAUACUGACACGACAUCCAAGCACACACCCUAUAUUUAUUUGUAUUUAUUUUGAGUCACAGACCAAAGUGACCAAAGUUUUUUGGUAUGAGUUUGUGAACUGAAAUAAGGAUCAGCUGGCCGUUACUGAAACAUCAGUCAACAUUACCCCGUUCACUUUUAUGUUGCCUUCUUUAAUAAGAAAAUGACGUUAAAGUGGGGAUAUUGCAACACUUCUUAAAUUAAUGUCACUGUUAUACUGAGAUGGUUUACAUUCUAACAGUAGUCCAGGGGACAGACGGGUUGACUAUUCACUGAGGUGAUGGUGCUUGAAAAUGUUUAUUUAAUGGCCCACAACAUGUAUUAUCUUGAUUUCUAAAUUACUUCUAUCUAUUUUUGUCCUAAACAUCUGAAUUUCACCAGAGCCGGUGCUGCCUGUCUCUGAUUUAGAGAUGUGUUGUUGUGUUGACAUUACAUAUCCAGUUAACCAUUUAAAAAAACGCUUAUCUUUAUUUGCACUAAUGAUGGUUGUUGUACAAGCGAAUCCAAAUACUGUUCAUUAAAGCGGUGUGUGUUGGAGGCA